AAGAUUAUUGGACGGAGGGACAUCGGGCUCAGCAGCGAGUCGUAACUCGGUGCUGUUGCAAUUGAUAGCGUGCGGAAGCUCAGCAGUGGCGAAGGCACCGUGCAUGAGUAAUAUGGUGAAGAAGAACGACACUGUGGAGAAGAUGGCUGUGCGUAAGAGUGCAGAGAAACUGUCGGAGACCGAGAUGAUGAGAUGCAUGCCGGAGAAUCCAAGGUUCUGGAAUUCCCAAUCAGAGGAGAAAGAGUAUUUUAGUGGCAGCCUCGUUGAGUCAAUGAAGGCCCACUGGGAUGCGUCCAAGACCCAUGCGGUCCUCAAGAAGUCCAAUUCCUAUAACGAAGAAAGGAGCGAUGACAGGGUAGAGGAAGAAGAGGAAGAGAAGAAGAGAGGGGUAAAAGCAAAAUGCAUGCCUCGCAAGAAAUGUAGUGGUUCAUCUAAAUAGAUCAAGAAUUGAGGGUGGUCCCAUAUGGAUAUGGAGAGCAGGAAUGUGCGGGCUCUGUUAUUAUUGCUGCUAGUUAGAGCACUUCUUGUUUGCAGCAGAUCUUUUGGCCGAUGACGUUGAGUC